AUGCUUACGGGCUUUGAAGCACUCAGCGCGGCGAGCGCAGUCCUCCAAGUCAUUUCGUUCGCAACCGAUGUCGCUGUAGCUUGCAAAAACGCAUACUAUGGAGCGACAACUUCCCAAGAUGAUCUCCAGCGCUACGCGGGACAGAUGUCCGAAGCCGUCGAUCGAGUACACACUCGCUGCGAGCAGAUGCGCAAUGCGAACUCCAAGUUUGCUAGCCCAAAGCUGCAAAAUAUUGCUAAGGAAUGCAAAGAUGCGACCGAUAAGCUGGAAGACGAGGUUAAGUGCGUGACUAGCUUGCAGGCCAAGGGAAACCUCGCCAAGGCUAUACGCAAGGCUACCAUAACUGCAUGGCGUCGGAAAAAACUUCAGGCUCUUGAGGAAUCGCUUUCACUGCAUCAACAGGUGAUGAAGAUUGAGCUGAUGUCUCAUUUAUGCUCGCAGAGCGAUGCGAUAUACUUACAGCAAGACGCAUCGUUCGGUAAACUGGAUACCGAUGUCCAGUUUCUCAUCGGACAGAUAGCUCAAGGCAUCACUGAGGUGAAAGAUCUCGUGCGGCGAGAACACGUUGCAACUCGCAACGCGAUUACCCAAGAAGGUGCCAGGGCCGAGGCAGCCAUCAAUUCACAUACCGACAGCCAAGUCCUGGAGCUCAGGACUACUGCUGAAACAAAGAGAAAAUGCGAAACCUUUCUUCAAAGCCUUAAAGCCCCACGGAUGAAUCAACGCUACAACGAUGUCAUGGACUCCAGAGACGCAAGCUUCAACCAAGUAUUUGCUACUUAUGAAGACAUGAAGGUCAUGUAUUACGCAGAUUCGGAUGAAAGUGGCCAUUCAACAGAUGGCUAUGAGCCAGGGCAUGACGAUAAUUCGGAAGAUGAAGACGCGUCAGGAGAUGAUGGUGAUCCACAGGACGACGAUGAUCCAGAAGAUGACGCUGAUACGGGAGAUGAUACUGAGGAGAUUGACUCAAAGAGCUAUGAACCCUCCGAAAUGUCUAGCAACCCAGGCUACAUGGGUGACAUGGGUGACAUGGAUAAUAUUUACGACUCGUGGUUCAGUUUUAACUCGUGGCUAAAGUCAGAUGACAAAUUGUUCUAUAUCCAAGGGAAGCCAGGCUCUGGGAAAAGCACACUUGUCAAAUUCAUCCUAAACCAGGACCAAACCCGAGACUUGAUCCAACAAUGGAGCCCCAAUGCCAUUAUCAUUUCUUACUUCUUCUGGAAAAUUGGCUCAGAAGAGCAGAACAGUAUCAAAGGUCUCUGGUGCUCUCUGCUAUACCAGAGACUCCAGGAUCAAGAGCACUUGAUAUUGAAUACUCUACAGCAAUUUCAUCACUUGUCCUUGCACUCAGAAUACCACGAUUGGUCUAUCAAGGACUUGCAAGAUGCCUGGAGCUCCCUUGCAAAAUUGGAUACUCGGCAUACAUGCAUGUUUAUCGACGGUCUGGACGAGGUCCGGGACCAAGAUGGCUUCUCUAAGCUUGCUCAAUCCAUUCAAAUGAUCUCACAACUUCCAAGGACCAAGUUGUGCGUCUCGGCUCGCCCUGAGGCGCAGAUUGUGAGGUGGCUCCGGACAACCAACGCUGAGGGAAUUCUGCUUGAGGACUUGACAAAAUUCGACAUGCUUCAGUUUGUAAGCAACAGAUUCCGCCCGCUACUGCCAACUAGUCAAGUCUCUUGGGAGACAUCUCAAGACCUGCGUGGAAAGCUUGUGGAUAAGGCGCAAGGUGUAUUUUUAUGGCCCCACCUUGCUACUCGAAGCAUCAUUGAGGGGAUCGAGAAUAAUGACUCUGAGGAUAUGCUUUUUGGACGGCUGAAUACGCUCCCUGGAGAUCUUGAGAACUUAUAUAUCGACCUUUGGCAUAGAAUGAAUGCAAAAAGCCCGGUCUAUGUGGAGACAGCUCGCAGAUACUUUCGCUAUGUCUUGCAGGAUCCAGGCUACGCAAUUCCCAUCGGAGCCGGCCAAAGUUAUUUCGGAUCAUAUUUGCUGCCAUGGAUAAUGCAAAUCGCUUGCGCUGAGAGUUUGGAAAUACAAGAAAAGCUUCUGAGAAGCAAAUGCAUGGUGGAACUAACCGAGAUUUUACGAAAGUGCGAAGAGACAAAGGCGUCGAUACAAAUUCGGUGCGCAGGGUUGCUUGAAGUACGACCGGAGAAGACCUAUCGCCAUCUUUUCAAAAGACUGGGAGACAAUAGCAAUGCUUUCGGCCAGGUAGCAUUCAUUCACCGAACUGCACAUGACUUUCUGACAGACACAGAAGCGGGUCAAGGCAUUCUUGGAUAUGGACCAUUGCCCGAAUUUUCCACAGCAACACAGAUGUUGAACGGCCUGAUUUGUGCAGAAAUAGUUCUGGUAUCCGAAUGGCCACUAUCUUACACUAACGUCUCCAUAAUCCGAAAAAUUGUCAAGUUUGCAGAACGUUGGGGGAGUGAAAGUUUGCCAUUGGCUACAGAGAUGCUCGACAGUGUUCGGCCAUUGUAUGACAGGAAGUCAAUAAGAGUUUACGCGGAUGCUUGGAUACCACCUGACCCGUUUUUGAGUCAAUUGACCCGUCAUGACCUAUUUGACGAAUUCGUCAUCUCCCGCCUGGCAACAGAAACCCCACCUGUUUCAGCCACCAGUAUCCUGCGUAGGGGAUGGGCUCUGGAGUAUGGGGGAAUGUCCAGGAGACUGUUCUACGCACUGAUAAAUCUUGGAGCGGAUCCCCACGAGUAUGGCAUAUCUUAUAGUCCAGGGGAAUUGCCAUUUGUACACAAAGAAACAGCAUUUACCAAUCUUCUCUUAUCCUUCAUCUUUCCAUCAAAGAAUCCUUCUAACUAUCGCAAAGAUGAGGGCGAUGGAUUAUAUCGGCAGAAAUUACUUGAAACUUUGGAGAUUGCAAUACAUAUGGCCACGACUUGUCAGAACCUGGAUAAAGCCGUUUUAUUGUUUGCUCGUAUUAGAGAUGGGUCUAUGCAGAUACUCAACUUUAAACAAGCACCUGUGGAAAUCACAGUGUUCAGGAGCACAUUCUCCUUUGCGGUUUUCGAGGUCAGCAUACAGUUCUUGCUACUAUACAUGAUCUCAAAAAUUGGUGGCGAUCUGAUCAACUAUGUCCUCGCACUUCCGCAAGCUCAGGAUGUACUAUCAAAAGUUGAUAAUCCUUUAGUCAAGAUACGAUAUAUUGGGCUACCCGAGGCGACAGAUAACGAUUCAGAGAAAGAAAUUUCGUCCCAUCGCACCUUUCAGCGCAUUCUCUCACCGGCACCAAUGCCAAGAAGCGAUAUUGAACUGCUUUUUGGCGUGGACUUUGAGCGACCUUCUCGGAAGUUAUGCGUGCCACUGAUGCGAAUUGAGCAUAGUCCAGACAUUGAUAUAAUUACCAAAUACGUCAACAACAAUGAGACUGAAGAAGUCGAUGCGGAAGCUAUGCUGACAAGCUUAGCUGCCGAGAAUCUGGGGAUCUGCUCACUCGAGGAGGCAGGCAUUAUGCCAUCCUACGAGUAUCUAAGAGAGGGAAGAAAGAACAAAUCCCUUUCAUGGAAAUUGUUCCCUUUGACAAUGGGGCGGCUUGAAGCAGCAGCCGCUACCAGGGAAGGGAUAGAAGGCUACGAAUGA